CAUAUCUCUUCAGUGAGCAAGGCAGUGCUUGGCCGUUUUUGCUCCACCAAUGCUAAAAAAUGCUGAAGUUCUUCACUGCACGGGACGAUGAGAAUGAAAGCCUUUUAGGAGCACUGACAGAGGAUGAAGGGGACAGCCCAUCACUCAUGGAUGCCAAACAUCACUGGCUGAGCAGACCCUGUCUCCUGAUGCUUAAAGAUGGGGACAUGACCAAACCGGGACACAUCAGAUCAGAGGCUCCAACCAAAGCCCUUUCAGAUGGUGUCCUGAGUCCAGGAGGGACAAGGGAUGAGAAUCCACUGUAUGGUGUUGAAACCUUGCGCGCUGUUAAGGAGAGUCCAACCUCCCACCUGGAGAGCCAGUCUCAGAAGCUUAUGAGACAGCUGGAGGAAGGAACUUGCACUGUGACUACCAUCUCCACCUGGGGGGCAAGGCAGUUUGAGGAGGCCUCCACCCCUCUAGUGCUGAGCCCCUCCAGGGCUUCCUGGUCAGAAGCGGAGGUGGAGGAGAGUAAGCCACAGACUGCUCCCUCUAAGGAGGAGUCUGUGAUUGAAGAGAAAGAGCUGGAGGAGAGUGGACAGGACCAAACCUGUACUGACAAGGAACUAGAGGAAAAAGAGAGUGACUGUGGUGACCCUCAGAGCCAAUCCAAAGCUAACCCGACACCCUGCACAAAUGAACACGAAGAAGCGAACAAAAACACAGCCCACUACAACAGUGAAGGAGGAGCUGAAGGGGAUUCCACUCUGUCCCCGGUGUCUCCAUUAGUAGAUCCAGACAAUGAGCUACUGCCAGGACCCGUCGGUAUUCUAUCCAGGGAGAGAGGCUUGGUUCUAGGGGACAUUGCUCCCGUGUGGAUCCCAGACGCCCAGGCACUGGUCUGUAUGAAAUGUGAGGUCAGAUUUACCUUUACCAAGAGGAGGCAUCACUGUCGUGCCUGUGGGAAGGUGUUCUGUGCAGUGUGUUCCAACCUGAAGUUCAGACUCACACACCUGGAUGGGAAGGAGGGCCGUGUGUGCCGUUCCUGCCACUCAACUCUUGUGAAGAGCACCCCUCCAAGGGGUAAGAGAAGGGUUUGGUUUGCCGACGAGAUCUUGCCGUAUAAGCAGUCCGAGUCUGCCCCCACUACACCAAUCAGAGGCCCGACUUUCUCCCCGUUGAUGGGAAGAGCCAUGGCAACACCAGUCAUGAGCCCUACUUGCUCACCACAGACCAGGAGAAGGGGCCAAGCACUCCCGGAAUCUGUGAUCAAUGAGGUGUGUGGUCCUUAUGGCUGGAGCACUGCAGCCCUGGUGAACAGUCACAUCAGCAGUUCUGCCAACCUGAUCCCCCUGGAUGGUCUGCCUCCAAUCCUUACCUCCACUGGAGUCAAAGGAGACUACACUGUGGAGGAGAGACCGUCUGAGAUGUUGCUGAUUCAGGAGCUGGAAAGUGGCAGGCUCAAGCCUCUGGUCUUUGUCCUCAAUGCUAACCUGCUAGCUAUGGUCAAGCUUGUCAAUUACGUUAAUAGGAAGUGCUGGUGUGUGACUUCGAAAGGCAUGCACGCUGUGGGCCAGGUGGAGGUAGUUGUGCUGUUGCAGUGUGUUCCUGAGGAGAAGAGCUUCCCCAGGGAUAUUUUUAGCCACUUACUACAGCUCUAUACGGACGCUCUCACAGGCAAGGUGCUAAGCAACUUGGGCCUGUCCUUGUUCAGCAGCAGUUUCCUGGGCAGUGAGGAGCAUGCAGGCUUCUUGUAUGUGCGCUCCACACUCCAGUCCCUGCAGGGUCUCCCCUUACCAAGCCAGCCUUAUCUCUUUGGCCUACUGGUUCACAGAGCAGAGGUUGCCUGGGCCAAGGCUUUCCCCCUACGGCUCAUGUUGCGGCUGGGAGCCGAGUAUCGCUUUUAUCCGUGUCCUCUUUACAGUGUGCGCUUUAGAAAGGCUUUGUUUGGACAGACCGGGCACACAAUUAUGAAACUGCUGGUGGACUUUAGGAAUUACAGGUACACUCUACCUGUGGUGCCCGGGCUAACUGUGGAUCUGGAAGCCCAGAGAACAUGCAUUACUAUCCCCACUAAUGGCUACAGCGAGCUGAUGAAGGUGUUGAAUAAGUCCAAUGAGCAUGUUCUGGCUAUGGGGGCUUGCUUCAAUGAGGCAGCAGACUCCCACCUAAUCUGCGUACAGGGGGAAGAUGGCCAGUAUCAGACCCAGGCCAUCAGCAUCCACAAUCAGCCUCGCAAAGUUACUGGCUCCUGCUUUUUUGUGUUUAGUAGUGCACUAAAAGCAUCAUCAGGAUACCUCGCUAAGUCCAGCAUUGUGGAAGAUGGACUUAUGGUGCAAAUAACCGUGGAGACCAUGGCGGACCUUCGACGGUCGCUAAGGGAGAUGAAAGACUUCACCAUUACUUGCGGACGGCUUGACCAAUCAGAUAGCCAAGAGCUGGUCCAAGUUCAAUGGCUGCAAGAGAAAAGCACUUUAAACAAGGGCAUUAUCAGUCCUAUUGAUGGUAAAUCAAUGGAGUCCAUCUACAGUAUGAAGAUGUUCCAACGGUCAGAAUAUAAGGCCAAUGGAAAGGUCAUCCGCUGGACAGAGGUGUUUUUCCUCCAGAAAAAGGAUCAUCCUAAAGGUGUGACCGAUACUGCCGAUCACAAUCGCCUAACAGAGAGACUGGCACGAACAUUCUGCCUGGCACUGUGCCCAUACCUAAAACUGUUGAAGGAGGACGGCAUGGCAAAGCUAGGGCUACGUAUCACACUAGACUCCCAGCAGGUGGGUUUCCUGGCUGGCAGUAAUGGGCUUCCUCUUCCAGCUCAAUACCUCAGUGCCCUGGACAGUGUGCUUGUCCCCGUCAUCCACAGCAGGGGGCGCAAAAGGGGUGAUGGGCCCAUGGUGAUGGAGCUCAUCUUCUACAUUCUGGAGAAUGUGUCUUAGGAAGGUCACAUACAAAUACAAAUAGGCACCAACGCAAACACACCCACACACUCACCUCAUCGCUCCGUUCCCUCACUAUGCCUCCUCCUUUUGCACUGUCAUGAGUUGAGAAGAGUUGCAAAAUAAUACUGGGACAAUAUAGGUCUACUGUAUGUUCAUCUUACAUUGAGUCUGUGGUAGGAUGAGUGGCCUGAGUCACCAAAAGCUGUUCUAUCUGGUCACCCUUUCCUGACCCUUACAUUGCAGACUGACACUGGUAUCAGACACCCAAACCACACAAAAGGGGCAUCAAAUCAGGGUACAAGCGUGGUCUUAUUCAUUUCAUGGCUUGAUAUCAGUCCAUGUCUAUAUAUUUUCAAUACAAAUACCCAUAUUUUGAGAAUGCCUUUAAAAAUGGGAGCUGGAUUCAGACCCAUGACCCUGAAGCAAAGAGAAAAGAGAAUGACUUGAAAGUAAUAAAUCUAUAGAUGUUUAGCUAUUUGAUGCAAACUGAAUGAAUGCCUAAAGAAUGUUUUCAUGUCUGGAUGUAUUAUAAUUCUUAUUGAAUGCCUCUGAGAUGCAUUAUU